UCCUGUCAGAACAGUGACACGUGUACGAGGUGUGCGCCGGGACACUUCUUACUGCAUGGGCAAUGUCAUCACGUCUGCCCAGACGAGUUUGAGCCCAACGACUCAAUGGAGUGCACCCCGACAGUGCACUGUGAAGUGGGCGAGUGGAGCGAAUGGGGCCCCUGCUCACGCUCAGGUAAAACCUGCGGCUUCAAAUGGGGUGAAGAAACAAGGACGAGGAAGGUCCUACAGAAUCCCUCUUCAAUGGGGAGCCCAUGCCCAGCGACUUCUGAAACGAGGGAAUGCUUAGUCAAAAGAAGAAGAUUGGUAUUUGUGGGACAUUGCUGCUUUAUGACAGACAGCAGGCCAACUCGAUGCUCCAUCGCUCUCCACCUCAUAAACACUCAGGGCCUCAGCAGAGAGAGGGAACAGAGGAAAAUAAAAGGGGUGGAGAUUUGCAUGUGAAC